AUGCCGACAAACAGGACGCCAGUUAAAAGCCCGGAGACGCCUGCUUUAUUACCAGUGUCAAGUGAGAUACCGUUAAACCUUCAGGAUACUGCGUCUGGAGGAUCUGAUUUGCCGUCUGCUGAACCACUUCGAUUUGGUGAGCCAAGCCACAUUAACUCGAACGAAUUUCGUCUUAUUAAAUUGCCGACGUUUUGGCACAAGCAUCCGAAGCUUUGGUUCGCUCAAUUAGAAAGUGAAUUCCUUGUGUAUCGUAUUCGUUCGGAUGACGUCAAAUAUAGCUCGGUUCUCAGACAUUUAGACGAGAAAGCUCUUGUAACAGUCUCCGAUGUUAUCGAAAAUUCUCCUGAAAAAGAUAAAUACGUCAAUUUAAAAGACGCGUUAAUUCAUCGAUUCACGGAUUCGGAAGAGAAGAGAUUAAGACAACUUUUAGCGGGAAUCGAACUUAACGAUAAGAAACCGUCUAAUUUACUUCGAGAGAUUAAGCAACUUGCUGGUGGAACUAUUUCCGAUAAUGUUUUGCAUUUGAUUUGGUUACAAAGAUUACCUUUUAGAGUUCAAGCUACUCUUGCGGUUGUCGAAAGCGUUCCUCUAGAUAAACUAGCUGAAUUGGCUGAUAAAAUUGUAGAACGCGAUAACGGUUUUCCGGAUGGACCAUCGGUUUCCGCAGUCGAAGUUACCAAGAAGUUAGAUGCUUCCGUUUAG